CGGCUGCAUGCGCACUAGCAGUCAAUCAGUAAACAUUCCGGGUGAUGCACGGUUUGCGUGAUUUGACAUAUUUGACAAAUUUCGGAGAAAUUUUGCAUGUGAAACGUCACACGCUGUCAGGCUUAAAAUUCGUGGGAGAUAAUAUCUCGUUUUUUUUUAAAUACUUUUUUCAUCAUGGAUACGGACAGACCUCUGCACGAGGAUUGGAAAAAACGGGCUUUUGUGGGACCAUUACCGGAUAGUUUCUUGAGAAUAGAAGAGCGCAAUGCACAACUGCAACAAGAAGCGGCAGAUCAACAAGCUGCUUUAGCUCUCCAACAGCAGAUGCAAAGUAUGCCGGUGACUCAUGAUCCACGAGUGGGUAGGCUUAGUGUAACAAUUUCUCAGGCCAAAUUAGUGAAAAAUUAUGGAAUGACAAGGAUGGAUCCUUAUGUGAGGUUACGAGUAGGACAUGCAGUAUAUGAGACACAUACAGACUCAAAUGGUGGAAAAAAUCCACAUUGGAACAAAGUUAUCCAGUGCCUCUUACCACCUGGAGUUACUCAAAUAUACAUAGAAAUUUAUGAUGAGUGUUCCUUCGUGAUGGAUGAAUUGAUUGCAUGGGGUCACAUAGAAAUUCCGCCGCAAGUUAUUCAAAAGGGAGAGACGCACGAAGAUUGGUAUAUGCUUAGUGGGAAACAGGGAGAAAAUCAGGAAGGCAUGAUCAAUUUAGUUUUUAGUUACACGAAUAAGUGUCACCCAUACAUGAGUUCCUCGAUAAUGAUGGUUCCUUCUGCAACGCCGAUGUUCGGCGUACCGUAUGCCCCGGUAAAUGUUUACACACCACCUCCAGCUGUUGCACCAGCAACAGUUGCACCAGCAACAGUUGCACCAAGUUCUUUGCCAAAUGCUGAGGUCGAAUUGAAGCAGAUUGCAGAAAUGUUUCCAAACAUUGACAAAGAAGUUAUCAAAUCGGUAUAUGAUGCUAAUCAUGGUAAAAAAGAUGUUACAAUUAAUUCGUUGCUUCAAAUGUGUGAAUAAGUCAAUUUUUACACAGUUUGCCAUGUCACUUUAUCGUAUGUUCUUUGUUGAUAAGUAUUCCUUUGGAAUAUAAUGUACGAAAAAGUCUAAUUUGUAUAAUACUUCCAUACGUAGUAAUUAAGAUAAAAUAUAAUAAUUAAGAUCAGAGUA